AUGAGGGUAGAUCUCAUGUUCAUAUAUAUUUUAGUUUUAACAAAAAUGUAGAGACAAAUUUCAUAGGUCCAAAAAGUACAUCUUUCUUUUUUCCUUAAUUUUUUUAAAAGGGGGAGUAUUACUAUUUUUGGGUUAAAGAUAAAAUCUUAUUAAAUUAUUUGCUCAAGUCUUUGAAUAUAAUCUUAAAGAUUUAGCUCUCUAUCAAAAACGAAAAGAAUAACAAUUGUUUACUAGAAGUAUAAAUCAAACAAUCAAAUUACAAUAAUAAGACAUAUUCCAGUCUCAUGACAUUUAGCUGAAAAAAUAAUUAUUGAUUUUUUAUAUAAAGGAUGAGUUAGAACUCAAUUUUUGA